AUGAGUGAAAAGAACUCAAACAAUGUUCUAAGUGCAAUGCAGAAGUUCAUUUCACAAGCUACAGGUGAAAUGAAGCCUACAAUACUUACUAGUGAUGAAGACCCAGCUUAUACGACACAAAAUGUUCGAGAUCUGUUGGUCAGUCAUAACAUUGAGCACAUGACGACACAGAAAUACAAUCAUAACAUACUAGGUAUUAUUAAUAGGUUCUGUAGAACUAUUAGAACUAUGUUACAUAUGAAGUUAAACCUCAAAGAAGGUGAUAAAACACCACCUUUCACUGCAGAUACAAUGAGACAAAUUAUUAAUGACUACAACACUGAAUAUCAUUCAAGCACACAACAAAAGCCUGAUGAUUUCACAGAAAAGGAUAAUGAGGAAUAUAUAAAGAAGCAAAGAUUGAAAGAAGAGUAUGUCAGAAAAAAUAACCUUUAUAACUUAAGACCUGGUCAAAAAGUUCAAGUCAUAGUUGAACCAAGAACAUGGGGUAAAGGUAACCAACAAAGAAGACAUCUUGAUCCUUCUUAUUAUACAGUUGAUUCAGUUGAUACAAGUGCAUACUUGUUAAGAGCAAAAGAUGGAAGUGUUGCAAGAUAUCCAUGGAUUAGAUCAUGGAUUAAAGCAAGGAGAAACUUUAGAUCAAGGAAGACACGGUGCUGUUAA